AUGACACAAAGAUCACCAUCAGAACAAUAUUUACUUCAUCCUAUUGAAAAUCAUCGAAAUAUAUGUCAAUUAACAAAAAAUUCUAUUACAAAUAUUACUCAUGUACAAAAUCAUACUGGAACUAAUACAGAAGAAAUUCAAUUUAAUCGUGACAUUGGUACAAAUACACCGAAUUAUGCUGAACAAAUAGCUCAAGCUAUUGAUUAUGGAAAUGCUGCUGAAGAAAUUGCUCAAAUGCUUACACAAGCUUUAUUUAAUAUAUUAGCUGAAGCAACGGAAUCUUAUUGGAAAUUAAUGACUGAACGACGACGACAAGCUACUGAAGAAACAAAUAUUGAAAAUCAACAAUUACAUACUUUCAUUGAUGACUUAAGCAAAGAAAACGAUAAACUUCGUAUAGUAGCUAAUCAUCGUGAUUAUUUACAAAGUCUUCUUGAAACAUUAACUGCUGACAAUGAUAGUCUUCUUGAUGAAACAAAUACUGAUGAUAGCCCAAUAGAUUAA